AUGGCCGGGAUGGCGUCUCGCAUUCGUUCCAGGCCCCUCGACCGUAACGCCAACACGCUGCCAGAUAAAAGUGCGCGGACCAUUGAAAGAUACGGUGGCGGGGAGAGAUAUGUUUCCACGUACAUUUAUCGCGGCACAAAUAAUAUCCCCUGGGGUGCGGACAAAAGUUUCCGAUGUUCGCGACUUAUUGAUUCGAGUAUCCGGCGCAUUUGCAUCGGGAUAAUAUUGUGGGCUUUGCGGGGCGUUCUCGCAGUCGCAUCGAUCAACCGCCGUGCCUGCGGGCUGCCGCUCUUUUACGUCCCCACACGCGAGUUGAAUGAAGCGGACCCUGGCCGGUCCGAGCAGACCCGAGCCGAUCCCAACUGUUUCGUACCGGUGCGAACAGAUUUGCCGCCCGCAAACAGUCGUAAAUCCGCAGCAUCGCCG